UCUUACUUUUCCGCUACCAUUAAAAACUCCCUCCGCUAUUGACCGAGGAUAGUUCAACAACCAGGAACCAGCCUCAGUGGUUUUCCUUCUCUCUGGUUAGCAGACUCUGGAGGAAUGGUAGCCAGCUAGCUUUUCAGACAGCAGUUGUUGGAUUAACUUGAUAAGGUUAUUUGGAAUUUGACUAUCUGGUGAAAUAAUGAAUUUACUACCGUCUAAUCCGCACGGGAAUGGGCUACUUUAUGCCGGAUUUAACCAGGAUCAUGGAUGCUUCGCCUGUGGGAUGGAGAAUGGAUUUCGCGUGUACAACACAGAUCCUCUCAAAGAAAAGGAGAAACAAGAGUUCCUGGAAGGCGGAGUCGGCCACGUGGAGAUGCUGUUUAGGUGUAACUAUCUGGCAUUAGUAGGGGGAGGAAAGAAACCCAAGUACCCAACCAACAAAGUGAUGAUCUGGGACGACUUGAAGAAGAAGACAGUUAUUGAGAUCGAAUUUUCAACAGAGGUGAAAGCAGUGAAGCUUCGUCGUGACAGGAUCGUGGUGGUCCUGGACUCAAUGAUCAAGGUUUUCACCUUCACACACAACCCCCAUCAGCUCCAUGUGUUCGAGACCUGCUACAACCCCAAAGGGCUGUGUGUGCUGUGUCCCAACAGUAACAACUCCCUGCUGGCCUUCCCUGGGACUCACUCAGGCCAUGUGCAGAUCGUGGACUUGGCCAACACAGAAAAACCCCCAGUGGACAUCCCCGCCCAUGAGGGGGCACUGUGCUGCAUUGCCCUGAACCUACAGGGAACAAGAAUAGCAACUGCAUCUGAGAAAGGGACCCUCAUAAGAAUCUUUGACACAUCAGCAGGUCAGCUCAUUCAGGAGCUCAGACGAGGCUCUCAGGCAGCUAACAUUUACUGCAUCAACUUCAACCAGGAUGCGUCCCUCAUCUGUGUGUCCAGUGACCAUGGCACAGUGCACAUCUUCGCAGCAGAAGACCCCAAGAGGAACAAGCAGAGCAGUUUGGCCUCGGCUAGUUUUCUCCCCAAAUACUUCAGUUCCAAAUGGAGCUUCUCCAAGUUCCAGGUGCCCUCGGGCUCUCCAUGUGUGUGUGCCUUUGGAACAGAGCCCAACGCUGUCAUAGCCAUAUGUGCUGACGGCAGCUACUACAAGUUCCUGUUCAACCAGAAAGGGGAGUGUUCCAGAGAUGUGUACGCCCAGUUCCUGGAGAUGACCGAUGAAAAAAUAUGACCUUUGACCCCCGGCCCCCUUUCUCUGCAGACUCUGCUCUCCCACGUCCUUACACAUAUAUAUAUAUUUUUUACGUUCAUGGAGAAGUCCUGUGCUGCACUUCUUCUCGUUUCGACAGACUCUGUGAAAGAGCGUCGGACGAAGGUAGGAAACGGUGAAAAGAAGCACAGUUUGGACGAGACGCUCCAACAGAAAUGUGAACUGUAUGUCUUAUAGACUCCUGAGGACGGUCUCUGCACACAGACGCUCCCAAACCAAACCGAAAAAAAAGAGGGAAAGUUCUAUUUUUGAAAGGAGAAACCUGUCGCUUUUUAAGACGUCUUCCGAGGAAUUUCCAGUGGAUGGCUAUUUUUAAUCACAUAGAUGAUUCCGCUAGUUAGAAACUGAUCAGCUUGAGAUUUUUGUCGACUAACACCACCUAAUCUAACUCUAGGGAGUGCCUCUGAACUGAGUGGAGCGUGGAGAGAAGUCGUAUGUGUGCACAUAUUAUUGUUAUCAUAUAUACAUACUGUAUGUGUGUUCGUGUAUAUACCAGUGUACCAUAUUUUGGUGUUCACUAAGCAGGAUCAGAUUGAGCGAACAAAUGUAUAGCCAUGCUUUUUCAGCUGUGUACAGCCCACAGUGACAUGUGGAACACAGUCUGAUCCUGCAUUCUGAAUGUCACCUUAGUAUUAACUAGAUUUUCUUAUAUUCACUGUAUGAACACAAUGCACCAGACUGAACAUCUAACAUAGAAAUGUACAGAAUAGUAGCAAGAAAAAAAGUCUUUCCUAUUUCAUACAUUGUGCAAUAUAUCUUGUUUUUCUUUUCCUUUUUUUUUUUUUUUUUUUUGUUAAAAGAAAGUUAUGGAUUUUCCAACCAAAUGGGAAACUCUUCAUUGUGUAGAAUUUGGUUUGUUGAACAAAACAUCUGAGGUGUGACUGUAACAUUGGUUCAAAUUCACACUUCAUGUUAUGUAAAUGAUUAACCCAAUAUGAUGACAGUUGCUUUAUAUAUUUUCUUAAAUAUAUGAUCUUUGUUCAAAUUCUGGCUACACUUUUUAAUGUUUGGAGCUAAAUUAAUGCCAAAACUCACAAGCAAAACAUGUUUUACAAAUGUGCUAAUGUUCACUCAGUCUGGUUUGCAAAUACAAAACAUACAUGUAGAACAAUUGCACAUCAUACUUGAAAACAACUACAGUUUUCUACUUUAUCUAUUAUGUAAUUGGACUUUACUGAGAGAAUCAUUUGGACAAAGAUAGUAGAACUCAAAGUAAUUCACCCUCCACAAUCUAAAUUUAGAAACUCCAGCCUUACUCUGAACUCUAAAUAUCAUUUUAUAUACACUACUGUAUAUGAGGUGGAUAAUAUAUGCACAUUAAGUUGAUUCAUUUGGGUUUUGCUUUCUGAGAUCUGUGAAAAAUCACCAAAUAAAAAAAAAUUGAGAUUAUUUACCACAGAGUUUUCUUCCUCAACAAAUAUUGCCUCUUGUAUUAUGUUUAUGGCAUGUAAUUUCAGUAAAAGAAAGCAUAUUUUUGAUUGAGCAAUUGAUUAAAACUGUAAAUCAUCAAUCACACUGGAAAACAAAAAGGCAUCAGAAACUUUUUUUUUUUGUAUAUUGUCGCCUUCCUAAAACAAGUGCCAAAGUCAUUAUUUCAGAUUUGUCAGGAAACUAAAAAACUUCACCAGAAAUUGAGUAUUUGAUGAUUUUGUAAAAAAAAAAAAAGUCAUUCUUUUGCCCCCCCCCCCCCCCCCCAAAAAAAAUAAAAUAAAACAAAAGGACUCGGGCAAUUAUUUUAGGAAAGUGAUGAUGUAUAACAACAUAAGAACAAAACACAAUAAUGUAAGAAAUUCAAGUUUUGGAAAUAAGUGAUAAAUUAUUAUGAUUUACAAAACAGAAAAUCUUUUUUAAAAAUUGGAACAGAAUUUAUUGUAAUAAUUGAAGUUAGUGUGACUAUAACACUUUCUACUUCCACUUCAGAGAGUGUGUGUGUGUGUGUGUGUGUAUAUAUAUAUGUAUAUUUUGUAGCAUUAAGACAAUUUGUGAAGAAUGAUGUAGUGAAAUUAUGUUGCAUUUAUAGGGUGUUUUUGUAUUUGCAAACCAACAGGAUUAUAAGCUUCAAUGACCAUCAGCCCAACACAAGGAGUUAAAUAUUACACUUGGUGUCCAUUGUCUGGCACUUUAAAUACCCAUUAAUUUUAUAAAUUUAUAGUAAAACAGUGGCUCAAAAUGGAAAAAAUAACAAAAUUGCAAUGGGCUUUAUUCCCAUUUUUGUACAUACCAAUUUGGGUGCAUCUAGGUAAAAAAUUCAUACGGACACUUUUUUUUUUUUUUUUUUUUUUCCUAAGGGUACGGUUGAGUGUUUUGUCACACCCAUUACACCCAAGAUCCAUAAAGUACUUUUCUUUUUAACCAUUUUUGGCACCUGUGCACAGUUGUGAAAAUAAUAAUCCUUCCAACCUUGUUUGCAAAACCACAGUGUUUCAUAAGGCAUUUGUAAAACAUGUUUUUGCAGGACAAUAGCUCCAUAUUACAUGGAGCGUAGUUUGACUUUAGUGUUUGUGUAACUACUUGACCCUCUGCAGCGUUUAUAGAUUCAGCUUAUCAGGGAAUCUGAAGUGCUUUGCUGAUGCCGGCAGCCAUAAACCACAGAUCUGUUCAGCGUGGACCGCAUACAUACGGAGUAAUUUAAUUUACAGUUAAAAAUAACAUCUUUGUCUCUUAUACGUCUGUAUUCAGCAGCCUUAUGUUGACUCGGUGCAAAAACAACAUUUGAUUGGUGUUGCUUUGGGACUCUGAUUGUUCACUUGCAGGUGUUACUAAUGACCGGUCACAGUAGGAUGAUGCACUCACUGAAACGCCAACGUGUUUCUGACACUCAGAAUGAUUGUAACACCUGGUAAAUAAAAUGUAAUGUGCUUUUA